AUGAAGAGGGAAAGAAUGGAAAACGCGAAUGCAGUGAGAGGUGAAUGUGCUAGCAGUGGGGAGGAGAAGAAGAUGUUUGAGGAAGAAGAAAAUGAAGACAAGUUGUUGGCAGGUGCAGGAUACAAAGUGUGUCCCUCGGACAUGGCUGACGUUGCACACAAGCUGCAGCAAUUGGAGAUGGUGAUGGAGGAAGAUGGAAUUUCCCAUCUCGCCACCAACACCGUGCAUUACGACCCAACCGAUCUCUACGGUUGGGUUCAGAACAUUCUCAACAACGCACCCAAUUACACCUCCACCAUCUCCACAAACAUCAACAACAACUCUUUUACUCCAUCGCCGUUAAUCAACGUCCCUGAGAACGAUCCAAGAGCGAUUCCAUUGCCAUACAUCGAAGCGUAUCCACAAAUAGAAAAUCAAAAUUGCCUCAAGCGAUUCAAGAGUUCUUCAUUUCCGUGUUCGCCGGCGAUUUCAUCGGGGAACGCGCUUCCGGUGGUUAUGGUGGAGGAACCCGGCGUGCAUCUCGUCCAUGCACUCAUGGCAUGCGCGGAGGCUGUUCAAUUAGGAAACGCGAGCCUCGCGGUGGGCCUCGUGAAGCACGCGGGAACCCUCGCCGCGUCGCAAGGAGGUUCAAUGGGGAAGGUCGCGUCGUUCUUCGCUCAAGCUCUCGCUCGAAGAAUCUACGGCUUCUACCCUCACGAAACCCUAGACUCCUCCUAUUCCGACAUGCUUCUCAUGCAUUUCUACGAAUCGAGCCCGUACCUGAAAUUCGCGCACUUCACCGCGAACCACGCCAUCCUCGAAGCCUUCGCCUCCGCAGACACUGUGCACGUCAUUGAUUUUGGCCUAAAGCAGGGGUUGCAGUGGCCCGCCUUGAUGCAAGCGCUCGCGGUCCGUCCGGGAGGUCCGCCAGUGUUCCGUCUCACCGGGAUCGGACCGCCGCGGCUAGAUGACGCCGAUUCCAACGCGCUGAAUCAGGUCGGUUUGAAACUGGCGGAACUCGCUCAAAAAAUUUGUGUUCAAUUCGAGUUCCGCGGAUUCGUGUGUAACAGUUUAGCGGAUCUAGAUCCGUCCAUGCUCGAGAUCCGAGCCGGAGAAUCCGUGGCGGUUAACUCUAUCUUCGAGCUUCACCGGUUACUGGCGCGACCUGUUGAGAUUGAAAAGGUUUUAGCCACAGUUAAGAGGAUUAACCCAGACAUUUUUACCGUGGUGGAGCAAGAAGCGAACCACAACGGUCCGGUUUUUCUAGAGCGGUUCACGGAGGCUUUGUACUAUUACUCGAGUUUGUUUGACUCGUUGGAGGCAUCGGUGGCGGCGUCGAGUGAAGAAGUGUUGGUGAUGUCGGAGAUGUACUUGGGGAGGCAGAUAUGUAACGUUGUGGCGUGUGAGGGGGAGGACCGCGUGGAGAGGCACGAGACGCUGGGUCAGUGGAGAGGGCGCUUCAGUUUGGGCGGGUUCGAACCGGUUCAUUUGGGUUCGAACGCGUUCAGGCAAGCGAGGAUGUUGCUGGCCCUCUACGCUGAGGGGGGAGAAGGCUAUAGGGUGGAAGAGAACAAUGGCAGCCUCUUGCUUGGGUGGCACACGAGGCAACUCGUUGCCACGUCUGCGUGGAGACUGGCGCCCGGUGAGUUGUGCUGA